AUGGAGCAGCACGCGAAAUCUAAAUCAUUUUCUAACGGUGAUAUCAAAACAGAUAUCAAAACAGAUGUCAAAACAGAAAUAUCAUCGCCACAUAAUGGUAAUAAAAUAACGACAGUUAUCUGUUCGCCUAAACUUAAAUAUAUUGCGACAUCGAGUUCGAUCAAGGAAAAGCGAGAUUUUAUGAUUGCAGUAUGGCCAGUUAUUGGUGAAAAAAAUACAUUGCAUCCAGAGUCGAGCGCCACUUUUCGACAAUUUAUUAAUGAUGAUGGUGCUGUAAAUCACAAAUUGCGAUCUGUCUCCGAUAAUCGUUUAGUUGUCGUAGAAUAUACUAGUCAUAAUGAACCUAGUAUACGUGUUUUUGUUAUUUUCGAUCUUGUCCAGGGCUGUCAUAUCAAGGUUCCGGGGAUUCCUAUGCAAUCUCAUUAUCAUUUAUUUGAAUGCGCUUUUCUUGACAAUGGGGAUUUGGUGGUCAUUAAUGAUACAGACGUCUUAGUGUAUACUGUUAACUUUUUUAGAGGUCAAAGUUUAUUAAUAUGUAAAGCAGCUUAUGGGUUUACCCACCGUUAUACUAAAUGCUUAAUCGCUAAAUUUGGAAUAUUAAUACCUGCUUGUUAUAAAUACGAAUAUAAAGAAGAUGAGAUUAGAACUCAAUGGAACAUCGAAACUGGAUCUUUUGCGGCUCAGAUGCCUAUGGAUUUUAGGAGCGUAGAAGAUUCUGAUGGCCGUGAUGUUCUUGUACGAAAUAACGAUAAUACUUUAUUUGCAUCAUAUACGUGUGUAGGAAAGCCUCUAAAGCGAAUCCUUAAUGUUUAUGCUGCCGAAACCGGCGUAAAACUUUUUUCAUAUACUCUUAAAGAUAAUCAAUAUGGCAUUGAUUUCGUGCGUAGUGGUACACAUUUAUUGGUUCCAUCAUUCACUAAGUAUACAAAAAUCGAUGAUCCACCGGUUAUCGAUCUUUUAACAUUUAUAGAUCCAUUCUCGUCUAACAGUCCUGUAAAUGUUUCUUUAAAGAAAUCUGUUGAUGAAUUUAAAGUUCCAUUAGAAUUUACUCCUCGAUUGAUAAAUAAAAAUAAGGCUAUUGGAAUAGUAGAUGGACUUGUACAUGUUCGUGAUAUUAUUCAGGAAAAUCAUUCACAAAAGGAUGCUCAUGAUUAUAAUAAGAUUUAUUGGCAAAAUUUUAUGGAAGAAAUAGCUGAUAAUCUUAAAAGUUACUUGGGAUCUAAUAGUUCAAUUACUUUAAACUAUAACAAAGUUUAUUCUGGAAAUAAUAUUACCUGGUCAAUUUUUGACACGCAAAAUGGUGAAGAGCUCACUGCAUUCAUUCUCAAUAAGAUUACUUAUUAUUGGGAGCCAGUCAAUAUAAGACGCGGCUUUUAUUUCAAUAGAAUUGAUGACAGAUUAGCUGGUGGGAUCCAAGAUUGCAGGAUACUAUCUAAUGAUGAUUUGAUGGUUGUUAAUAGAAGUUUUAUAUUGAUAUUUACUCUUGACAACGAACAUAAAAUACAAAUAAGUUAUUGGUGGAAUAGGCAUAGUUUGAUUUCUGGUGAUGUAAAACUGGAUUACUUAAUUUCAGUUCGGUAUUUUGAAGAUAUUUUGAAAUAUUACGAAGUUGAAAUGGAAAAUGUUAAAACAAACGAGAUAUCUUAUCCUCUUCAUGAGCUAAUCGAAAAUAAGAUCACAGAUCUGUUAUUUUUUACGUUACAUGCUCCAAAAAUAUUAAAAGCAGCAAUCAAAUUCCAUAGGGGUGAUGUCGUUGAACUCGUUUGUGAUCAAUGUAUGGAAUUUUUCAAGGUCAAUCAAAAAAAUCUCGCAAUCCUUUCAAUAUUAUCAAGUGUUUUAUUCAAGCUUGCAAAGUAUUAUCCCGGAAGUGCUAAACAUCAUAUGUUUGAACUCGAUAGAUUUUCUAAAUUUUAUUUGAAAAUCUAUAGAUUAUAUAAUAAGUUCAAACUAGAUUUACAAACUUCUGACUUGUGGAAUAAUAGUAUUGAAUUUCUUGGUUAUAAUAGAAAAUUUAAAAGACCCACUCUUGAUUUAUUUAUACCUUUGUCAAAAUUUGCUUCCUAUCCCGUUGAAUAUAAUUUUUGGAUGGAGCUCUUAGGAUAUACUCAUGCUUUAUAUACAUUAUUGCAACCGAUUGAAGAAUUUGAUGAAUCUAAGCCAAUACUUAAUGACGAUAAAAAUAAUCCUUGGAAUCUUGUUUCAACGUUCUAUCGUAUUAAUUCUCAAGGCAAUGUUAUUCCGAAAUCUGCAUUUAUCGAGCCACCAAACAAGAAUACAAAUAUGUAUGCCAAUUUUGGUACUGCAUUGAUAGCAGUAUAUCAAUUAAUGACGGGUGAUACUGGAUCUCUUUCAAGCUGGGAGUAUAGUGAAAAUUUUCCUUUG